AUGAUCAUCCCAUUACAGCCUGAUAUAUAUAUCCAUGCAAUCGACCCUCCACUCCCGCUUGCCCAGCAUGUUGCGCAGCCACUCGAAGCCCACGCCCGUCCAUUCGUUCCUCAGCACGGCAAUCUCCUCGGCGGCGGCGCGGGCGGCGGCCUUUGCGGUGGAAUUGAGCAUGUCGACGACGGUCUCGUUGAAGGCGCUGCUGCUGCUGGUGGUGGUUUCGUCGUCUUGGAGGAACGGCGCGGUCGGUCGGGGCUGGAACCAGUUGCUGCCGAGGUCGAAGAAGCAGCGGUCGGACCAGUUGCAGGACGUCAGGAAGAGGAUGAGCAGGAGGACAGAGCAGUAGACGCAGGGGCGGUUGAGGAAGUAGGUGCAGAUGAAGAAGAGGAGGAUGAAGGCGGGCGAGGCGUUUGUUGGGAUGAAGAGGAGGGGGAGCCAACUGUUGGAUCAUGUUUUGUUAGUUGA